GGAUGAAUGACCCACACUCAUCCAUUCAUGACAAGAAAGUAUUUGUUUAUAUUUUAGAUUUACAAUUUUAGAUACACGAGGGGGAUCGCCGGAGUGAGACACCGAGCUCACAUUAUCUGAUCUACUCCCACUCUCUCCAAUCAACAAAUGCAAGCGGCGCUGGCAGCCAUGGCCGCCCACACCAUUCUCUUAGCCACUUCCUCCCAGACCUUUCUCUACCCCAUCUCAAGCCCUAAGCACCAGCCUCCAUCUCUGCAGACCCACUUCAAGGGCCUCUCCCUCAAUCUAGCCCGCCAAUCCGUAAGCCUCGCCGUGGCCCCGAAGCCCCUUUCCGUCGUAGCCAUCACUAAGAAAGCCGUCGCCGUCCUGAAAGGCAACUCUAAGGUCGAAGGCGUCGUCACCUUGACCCAAGACGAUGGCGGUCCUACUACUGUGAAUGUUCGUGUUACUGGGCUUACUCCGGGGUCUCAUGGAUUCCAUUUGCACGAGUACGGUGAUACCACGAAUGGGUGUAUCUCAACAGGAGCACAUUUCAAUCCUAAGGGUAUGACGCACGGUGCUCCUGAGGAUGAGAUCCGUCAUGCGGGUGACCUGGGAAACAUAGUUGCCAAUGCCGAUGGGGUGGCUGAGGCAACGAUUGUGGAUAAACAGAUCCCAUUAAGUGGACCUGAUGCGGUAGUUGGAAGAGCCUUUGUGGUUCAUGAGCUUGAGGAUGACCUUGGAAAGGGUGGGCAUGAACUUAGUCUAACCACAGGCAACGCAGGUGGAAGAUUGGCAUGUGGCGUGGUUGGCUUGACUCCAGUGUAAGCUCACUUGCCUUCUUGGGAGCAACCUGGUGUCUGCUAUUGGCUACUUCCUGUCAAGUAUAGAGCUCAAUGUUAUUUUUGAAAUCUGUGUACUCAAAUAGUGGAAAUGGCAGAUAUUAGUCAUAAAGGCUAGCAGCCACUCAACCUGCUCUUAGGUGCUCGUGCAAUCCCAGGAACUUGAGGUUGGUAUGGAUGCUUUGUGAAUGUUGGGAGUCACUUUCCAUUAGCUUUUGAAUGCAUCAGAGUUGGGUUGUUUUUUUGUAUCGUGUUUCUCGACUUCAAAAUAUGAUGCUAUCUAUUGUGAUGACUAUGAUUUGAAUAAAACUCAACUCAUGUCCAAGUAUUAA